UGUAAUCGAUAAGAUCGCUGCGUAAACAAAUGGUCAUAUGCUGGAGGAUACGUGCCCGUUCUAUCCUUCGGCCACGUUUUGUAAACUCCUCUUUCUUCGAGCCACGUACAGCACAACCGCCCCGUCCCUCUCUCUUAUAUGCACUGCAAGGAAGAGGUGCGGAACCGAGCAUCGUGAUCUGAGAAGAGGAGAUACCAAUCAAGAUGGACAAGCUUCUCCUCCAUGGCCACCGCUCCUCGCCGCUGAAGACAUCCAUGGUGCUGACUUCGCUUGGCGGGACCAUCAGAAACAGCUACUCUACUGAGAAUAAGGAGGAACCUUCACAAGGAAUUGGGCAGAAGGCAAGAUCAACAGCUGAAGAGUUUAGCCGGCAAGCCAAAGAAAAGACUGAAAAAAUCAGUGAGACUGCCAAGGAGGCCUGGGAAGAUGCCAAGGAAGCAGUGGUGGGAGAGACGCAGCAAGAGAAGGAGAAGUUCAAAGAAAAAGUUGAGAAGGGAAAUUAUGAUAAGAUAGGCCGCGAGUAAUAUAUAUUCCCAAUUCGAUCAGUGAAUGAUACAAUCACUGACAAUGUAAAUGCCUAAAUGGUGCAUGAAACUAUAUAUAUGGUGCAUCAAAAUGUCGUCGUUUAGUAUGUUUAUCUUCGAUCAUGUACAGCGAGACCACUCGCCUUCUUUCAAAUAGAAUCAUUUCAGGUUAUGUGGCAGAAAUAAUUUGUU